GAUGACUCUAAAUAUAGGAGGAUGAGUGUGAAGAUGGAAGCUAAAUAUAAAACUGAUUUUUCACGGAAAACAUUCAGUCCUCAUCAAGUCUCCCAAUCUUCAACUCCAGUUUUGGCCCGCAUUGCCCCUCACCACGGAAUAAUUAGUUAGGAUUAGUAUUUAAGAGUGAAAUUAACUACAUAUGUAGCCGUGAUUGAGUAAUAACUGAAUAGGUUAUGUACCACAAGAGCCGAAAAGACAGUGACCAUUUUUAAAGACGCCUGCAUGUGGAAAAUCUGAAAUUCAGGGAACUUGAGACUUAUUUUUCGACAACGCUGGAGAAAGUUGAUUGAGUUGUAUGACAACUGAAUACACGUGUUGCCUUUUGUUGUUGUAAGCAAAAGUUUUUGGUCGUCUCUUGUGGGAAGUUAUUGGCUGGUGAAGACAUCCAUCAUCUUGUUCGUCAUCGGUGUUGGUGUGUGAUUCACCAACAUGAAGCUCCACUUCAUACUGGUGUUUCUGGGAGCUUUUUUGCUUCUUCUGAGCACAGACACGGGCAUCUCAGCAGCUCGUAACAGUCGCGUCCUAUCUCUUGCAGAACCAUCUCAUGGUUCGUUUCAUCAUGGAAAUCAUGGAAAACCGAGAUCAAAGGUUCUCCUCCGAAUCCAUCGACAGGCUGAAGACUCUUACGAAGAAGGUGGUGAGUACGAAUACGAAGAAGAAGAAAAUCCAGCGGGUGCGGAAACACCCAGUGAGCCCAGUGAAGCCGUAGAAGAGGAACGAGAACGACCCACAUCAAACCCUCCAAAGGAAACUGAUGCCGACGGAGAAUAUUAUGAUGGCGACAAUUACGACGAAAAGGCCGAAGAGGAAGAAGCAGCUCAAACGACACCUGCUCCAACAACGACUACAACUUACGCCACCACCACGACGACAACCACGCCGGAACCAUACCACCAAACCACCUCCAUGGAGCACAUCGAGGACGAAGAUCACUACGAAGAGCGAUAUGAAGAGGAGCGACGAAGAUAUGAGCAGGAGACGUUGCGUCGACAAUAUGAAAAUACUCACGGGACGGAGUCGUCAGUCGAAGAAAGUCCGGAAGACAGAGGAAGGGAGCAGCCUCAUUCAGAAACGGAUGAUAUGGAGCCAACCACGCAUGAGGAAAGUGAGACUGAAGAUCACGAGGAAGAAAGUCCAGAAACUACGUCCACAACCACCUCCCCACCAGAAGAAGAAGCUGAAGAGGGGGAGGAAGAGAAUACUUUGGAGGAAGUGGAGGAAGUUCCAACGCAACCACCACCUUCUCAGCCGCCUCCUCAAGAAGUGGAGACAGAAGACGAGGGGGAGACAGUCGCAGUUGGAAAAACAGACAGUGUGGAGAUUGAGGAGAGUGGACGCACGGAUCUGGAACGUUACACUGGAGGGGGUGCAGGGCGUAAUCGAUACAAUGGAGAAGUUCAAGAGGAGGAUGACGAAUAUAAUGAAAUUGAUGAAGAGCAACACGAAGUAGAGGAAGUUCCUACUACUGCAUUCACAACGACGACGUCAACCACCACAACAACCACGCCAAAACCGGACGACUUUUAUGGGCGGAGACGUGACCCUUACGAGUACGAAGUUGAGCCACCUCAUGUUCCCACAAAUAAUAAUCAUUUGGAGGAAGAGGAAGAGUAUUACGACGGAGAGAAAGAGUCUGUUGAAGAGGUGCAACCGUCUACUACAACGACGACGACGACAACGACCACCACCACUCCAGCCCCACCACCCCCGCCUCCAGAUAAUGAACUCGAGUCGGAAGAGGAGGAGGAAGAAGAAGAAAGUCCACGCCAGCCAAUUCACCCAUCGUCAACUGAUAACAACAACAGAGACCCUUAUGACGACGAGUAUGAAAAACCAAAGGAAACUCAUCAAGACAUUACAUCUCAUGAGAAAAUCGAAACGCUGGAGUAUGAAAAGGAAGACGAGGAAGAAGAAGCACCACCAGUGACUUCGACCACGACAACAACUACCACCACCCCUCCACCACCACCUCCUACAACAACAACCACACAAAUUCCAUCAUACUUUCGACCCUACGACGAGUACGAAGAAGAAGAUGACGAUGACGACAGCGACGGGUACGACUUAUUUUCCAGGACGACAUCAACAACCCCGGAACCGACCACUACCACCACCACCACCACCCCGAGCACACCUCCCCCACGAUACGUCGAGGAAGGUGAUGGGGAUAGCUCAGAAAAUGAAAUAUUCCGAAGACCGAACCCUUAUGAAGAGGAAGAGGAGGAAUCUGGCGAGCACAUCCAAAUCGAUCAGGCCAGGAACCAGUACGAAAUUACUCCCACGGAAGACAUCCCCAAAGAAAGAGUAAUUGUUGAAGAAAUCAUUCCAAAAAUCGAAUGUUUCGCUGGUCACACGCUCUCCUACGAUGGAAAGGAAUGUGUUGAUGAGAACGAGUGCGAAACUGAUGUUUGUGGUCCAUCGCAAAUUUGUCAUAACCUUCCUGGUUCGUAUAAAUGUGUUUGUGAAGCUGCUGGCUACAUUGUGGACCCCAGAAACCCAAGACUUUGCCGAGAUUUAAACGAAUGUCAAAGUGCCAAUGGGGGAUGUGACCAGGAUUGUAUCAAUGUGCCAGGGAGCUUUUACUGUGCCUGUGCUGAUGACUUUGACUUGAGUCCGGAUGGAAAACGAUGCAUGAGAAGACCAACACCAAUGCCCACGACUACUACAACAACCUCGACGACGACACCUCCGCCAGUGACGACCACGACGACAACGACGACAACAACAACCCCACCACCACCUCCACCGACAAGAAGACCACCGCCUACCACAACUACUACAACUUCUGCCCCUCGAAAUGUCUUCACUCAACCGGUGGGAGUACCAGGGGACGACUUCAGCGUAAGGAAUUGUCCCACACCUCCUGUUCCGAGAGGUGCUGGGAUCGCAUAUCUUUACUGCUCUCGAAGUCCGGUGGGAAUACAUCAUCGACACAGUCAGCUCGAACGACGCCUCCUCCACGACUGGGCCGCUAGGAGGAAUAAGACCCAGCAACAAGGGGGAAGGAACAACCUCCGUUUUCGAAAUAGACGCACCCUGCUCAAAAGAAAGUCGAGACAGACGACGUACUCUCCAGGAAGUCUGUGCGAGUUGAGAUGUCGACCAGGAUUCCAGCUCAAAGGUCAAUACACACUUAACUGUAAUUCAUCAGAUGGAACUUGGCAUGGAACGCAGAAUGGAUUCUGUCAAGCCAUUCCAAAAGGUGACAACCAAAAUGUGGGAAUUGGAUUAUCCGAGUCAACGCCGUCAAACGAAAUCCCUCGGCUGGCACCCAAUAAUGAAGUUUCCGGAUCCGGCUUCAAUCAAUUCAGACCCACAUUUGUAAAUCUUCCAACUUCUCCUCCGAGCACAACCACGCUCCGGCCGACCUAUUAUCAGCCACCACCACCCGCACCUACAUACUCGAGACCAUUCAGACCAGAAAUAAUAUCGAGACCAUUUCCUACAACGCCUGCUCCUACCACGACGACAACCACCCCCACCACCACCACUGUCCCGUCUACAACCACCACCACGGAACGGUCGACGUACUGGACAAAGCCACAGCAACCGAACCGACGUCCAUACUACUUUUCUCCGUCUACCCCAUACCUCAACAUUUAUAGCACUAAGCCUGUGACCCCCAGUUAUAGCUUGCCACCACCAGCAGUGACUUUUCCCUCGACCACGACGCCAACCACCACCACAACCACCUCCACGGCCUCGAGGAACAGCUAUAUUCAUCUCACUUACCGUUUCAAAACGCCAUGGAUCAAAUGCCCAGAUGACAUAAAACUAGAUUUGCCUCCUAAUCAGAACACGGUUUAUGUCACAAUCCCACAACCCCAAACGAAUGUGGACUGGUGGAGACAAGUGACAGCCGAACCAUCCUGGGCGAAAGGCCUGGAGUCGGAGUCUGGUCCGGGUAAACAGCGGAUCACAUUUAGGGCACGUACCGCAGCCUCGUUGAACAACUCUGCCGAGUGCUCCUUCACAUUGGAAGUCAGAGAUAACGAACCACCCCGAGUCAGAGAAUGUCCAGAAUCCUUUUCCAGCCGGUUGAGCCAGGGCCAAAGUGCUAAACCCAUCAUGUGGAUGGAACCUCAUUUCAGCGACAACGUGAGGAUUUCGGCUUUAAAGAAAUCUCACGAACCUGGAUCCGUCCUUUCGGUUGGGGAACACUUGAUAAAUUAUGAAGCUAAAGACUCUUCCGACAAUAAGGCACGCUGUUCCUUCACCAUCACGGUCUUUCCCCCCGCUGCAUCAUCUGCAUUCAACCACCAACCUUCCGGGAACAGUAAUAGCAACUUUAAUCACCGGAAACCAGUCAAUAUGGAGGGAGUAGUCCCCACGUCAACCACUACCACUUCUGCUAAGCCAGAGGUCCAUUCGUCCAUGAGAAAUGUCGUGUGCUACGUGGGCAAAAAAGGGAGAAGGAUAGUUUUUCAGUCUCGAGUAGUGCCACGGGGAUGCUCUGAAAUGACGGUUGACAUAGCAGGCGACGCAGCUGGACAUGGACAGAACUCUUUCAACACGAUGAACACCAUUACACAAAACUCUGACGAGAAUUCUGCAACUUCUCAAAUUUCAAGUGUCAGUUUUUCAAGUCAUGAUCAUCCCCAACAAGCUUCCGCCUUCAGCCAGUCGGUUUCCAAUGGGAGGAACAAUAACCGACUCGUUCACUCCACCUCCUCCGUGACGAAUGGGGAGCAUGGGACGAGUUCGAAAGCUUCCAGCUAUGCAAUCGCUGUGUCCUCGUCCUCUCGGAAUUUUGAUCUCCCUUUCCUAAAUCCGGACAAGCAGGUGUACGAGGAGGACUUUGUGGUGCCAAAUCAGCCUCCUCAAUCUAGCCCGACAUCGAUCUCCGCUAGGACGCAGGACUUCAAGACGAGGUCAGGAAGUACCCGGGAGGAGACAGGAGGUUAUCGGUACGGAUCACCCUCAUCCUCAACCCCACCAAAUUACAAUAAUCAAAAUUACUAUAAAAAUAGCAGUGGAAAAUAUUUCAGACAUUUCGAUACUUGGGACACUACAACGAAUUCGUAUGCUUAUAGAAACAGAGAAUGAGACUAAAGUAGGCUGUAACCCCUUUUAUAUUAUUUUAUUCAAAGGUGUAAAAAAAGUAAUAAUUUCUGUGCCACCAUCUUCCAUUCGUCAUUCGUAGGCAGUCACUGUUUGUCGAUUUUAUUGUUCUUCCAUUUUUCCUUAAUAUGUCAUUUAAACCGUUACUUUACUCUUUACUGACUGUAGUAUUUGACUAAAACUGCCUUAAUUCAGUAAGUAAAUUGUGCUAAUGUUUAGAUGCACGUUUGUAGCGCCAGUUCUUUGACAAUUGAUAGAGCAGUAACUUAUUAUUAUUCAUUUAUAAACUAUACAUAGAUAUGAUCAUUGUCUUGCAAAUCCCUGCCCAGCCUUGCUCCACUACUGCAUUGGCACCUUGCAAUUCUCCGAAUAUAUUGUUGAUAUGUAGGUACGUCCUCCUGGGGUUAAGUAUUUUUGCAAGUCUACUACUGCUCAGGAAAAUUCGUAAUCAUAUUCCACUACAAAUACUUUUAAAUAAUUGUUACAUAAUACAGUAAACUUAAGUAUGUACGUUAGUUUAAUUGAUAAUCUUUAACUUAAUCGAGACCAAAAACCUUUCCAAAACUAAGUCCUUUCACCCGAGAGUCGAUUACUCAUUUCUAUGUGCAAUAAAUACACCAUUGAUUCUUGAUUAUUCUUAAAAUUACUAUUAAUUGUUAUAAACGUUAUAAUUGUAUUAAAAUUUCUGUAGAAUAAAACCAUCACGUGAACAAAAUGCGCUAGGUUAAUCACA